AUGCUGUCGACGACCAGGUCCGCCGCCUCAAUGGCGCUGCGCGCCAAGCCCUCCACUGCCAUCACCCCCUUCCGCGCCGUCUCUGCCGCAUGGAUUUCGAACUCGUCGAAGAGCAAUGCCACCACGAUGCAGAAGCCCGCCCUCAUCUCCGACGGCCCCGGCGCCCCGCCACCCAUGAAGAAGGGCAUGCCCACCAAUGUGCCGUUGGCUAGCCAGGAGGGAAAGAAGGGUGUUGUCCAAUACGCGCUUACCACGCUGGACCAGAUCGCCAACUGGGCGCGCCAGGGCUCGCUGUGGCCCAUGACCUUCGGUCUGGCAUGCUGCGCCGUCGAGAUGAUGCACCUGUCGACGCCCCGCUACGACCAGGAUCGUCUCGGUAUCAUUUUCCGUGCCUCGCCCCGUCAGUCCGACGUCAUGAUUGUCGCCGGCACCCUCACCAACAAGAUGGCGCCCGCCCUGCGCCAGGUCUACGAUCAGAUGCCCGACCCUCGCUGGGUCGUCUCCAUGGGCAGCUGCGCCAACGGCGGUGGCUACUACCACUACAGCUACAGCGUCACCCGCGGCUGCGACCGCAUCGUGCCCGUCGAUAUCUACGUCCCCGGCUGCCCGCCCACCUCUGAGGCGCUGAUGUACGGUAUCUUCCAGCUGCAGAAGAAGAUGAGGCACACCAAGAUCACCCGCAUGUGGUACAGGAAGUAA